AUUCAAAUAAGAAUGUUUAUAUUGCUAAAGUAUUCCCCAACGAAGGAUGAUUCUGGUCCAGACUUGUCGGACAAUUCAUGAAUCUGUCAAUAAGUGUUAAUCUUGGAGAAAUAUUUAGGGUUAUUUGAAGGCAACAGAAGAAAAAUGGAGGCAGUAACAAAGCAUGUAUUUGCUGCAACACAGGACGACGAUCUGGGCUUCGACAAAGGGGUUAUUAUUAAUGUCCUCGAUAUGGAUCAGGAUAAAAAUUGGUUUAAAGCUGAACUAAACGGCGAACAAGGAUGGGUCCCUAAAACGUACAUUGAAAUGAGACCACACAAUUGGUUUCAUGGUAAAAUAACUAGAAAGCAAUCAGAAUCCAUUUUAAUGGAGAAGAAUGGAGAAGGAGUUUUCCUCGUACGCGAUAGUGAAAGUGAUCCAGGGGAAUAUUCGCUCUCUGUCAAAUUUGCAGGUCAAGUACAGCACUUUAAAAUAUUCCGUGAUGCAGAAAGAAAGUAUUUUCUGUGGAACAAAAAGUUUGAUUCAAUCAACAAGUUAAUAGAGUUUCACAAGACUAACUCUGUGAGUCGGACACAGAACAUACUGCUAAGGGAUGCCAAGGAUUCAAUGGUUGCCACAGCUAUGUAUGGCUUUGCAGCUGAUGAAGAAGGAGAAGUCGGUUUUUCUAAGGGAGACAAGGUCAUAGUUUUAGAUGCAAGUAACAAAGACUGGUGGAAAGGAAGCGCCAACGGACAAGUGGGUUUAUUUCCUGCAUCUUACGUGUCCAUCGAUUAAACUAGAGUACAAACACUUGUACCCCAUUCAAACCUAAACGUGUUUAGUUAAACUAUGUUUUCAUUAGGAAAAAAAUUGAGAAACUAGAAAACUGCAAUAUAAUGAAACUUUCUAAAAUAUCAUCAG